AAUUAUGAAUGACCACGAUAAUAUCUAAUAUUAUAUGCUUCUGUGUUCCUUCACGCGCCAGUGUUGCAGUUAAUAAUAAUUAUAUAUGUCUACUUCUUAGUCGUUAUAGCGGUGUGGUCGCUUAAAAGGAGUCCGGGAUCCAUUCGGCUAUCCAGUACCAAGAAUUCGAGUUAAUGAUGGAUAACAGCUAGCUGCCUCACUCAUGUAUCCCCGAAAAGCCGACAUAUCGCUGUGGCGAGGCAACCAAUACAUCUAUACAAUUGUGUUGUUGUUACUCGUCGCGAUGCUCGUGUUCCUGAUGCUGCCCGUCUGGGAAAACGAAGACGAAGAAUUUGAGGAAGUAUCAAAUGGCCAAAACACAUUUCCUCGCGAGAAGAUGAUGCGAUCACGCUACGUGGCAGGACAUACGCGAGCGCACAGCGAGCUGUGCGCAGACCGCGGCGCGCGCACCAGCCUCGUGAUUCUCGUGGCGUCCGCGCCGGCGCACCGCGCGGCGCGCGAGGCCAUCCGCGCCACCUGGGCCCUGGCGGCGCGCCCCAACCACGUCGCGCUUGCCUUCCUGCUCGGCGUCUCGUCCCCGCACCUGCGCGACGCAAUACUCGACGAGGACGCUCGCUAUCACGACCUCAUCGAAGCCCGCUUCGAAGAUACCUACCAAAACCUACCCCUAAAAUCACUGUCGAUGCUGGAAUGGUUCGCGGCCUACUGCCCGCUAGCUCCUCACUUGUUCAAAACGGAUGACGACAUGUUCGUCAACAUCGAGCAGCUGCUCAGUUUUAUCGAAGACCACAACACAACGAACACGAUUUGGGGGGAAGUGUUGGAGGACAUAAAGCCGCCGCGAGACAAGAGAUUCAAGUACUCCGUCCCGGAGGAAGAGUACCCUGGGGCGAGGUACCCGACAUUUGCAGUGGGGCAUGGGUAUUUGGUGAGUGGCGACGCGGUGCCGCCACUACUCGACGUCGCUCCAGGCGCGCGGUUCGUGCGUCUAGAAGAUGUGUUUAUGGGAGUGCUGGCCGCCCGCGCCGGCGUCCGCGUCACGCACGCGCCUGCGCUGGUGCCGGCGGAGGGGGGCGGAGCGUGCGCCGCGCGCAACGCCGUGCUCAUGGAGACGCGCCUGCACGAGCAGUACGCGCGCUGGGCCAUGCUGCUCGACCCGGACAUCGCUUGCUGACAUACACAUUUACCACGGAAUUUGAAAUAGUUUAUUUUUAAUUCAGUCCAAUCUUAUCGUGAUGUAUCUUAAAGUAGUAACAGACUCUCGCACCGCACCGCAACCUUGGUGCGGUGCGGCGCAUUUAUCGAUAGUGUGUAAGCUUCCAUCGCACAUAAUAUUAUUAAUAGCGGUGCGGUGGGUAUGCACGUUGCACCAACUGACAGGUAAUAAUAAUACUCGUGCGCUCCGUACCAAUUUCCCUAGUGUGUAAGCUGCAUCGCACGAU